UUUAAGCUUUCGUGUUCAUAUGUCGUCUCUUCGAAACACUUCCAUUACCGAAAGAAGAUCAAACUGGGCGUUUUCACGGAGUUCAGUGUUUCCAAGAGCCAUAUUUAUAAAUUAAAAAAAUUACGCUGAGCACGAUAUUUGUCAGACGUGACUGUAGCAGAACAAUAAGUGUCUGCGUACGCGUUUGAGGCUUUCAAAAUGCAGUUUUUUGGAGGAUCAGAGCUGCCAAGUGCAACACCACCUAGCAGCAAUAAAAUGAGGUACAUGUAUGUGUUUAACAGGAACGGAGUAUGCCUUUAUUACAAAGAUUGGAUGCGCCCCCAUACAACUCUCAGCCCUCAGCAGGACCUCAAGCUUAUGUUUGGACUUCUCUUUUCCCUCAAAUCCUUCACUGCAAAAAUGGAUCCAAGCAGUGCUAAUAAAGGUAACCUUGGAGUACCUCAGCUUCCUGGCCAAGGAUGCUCUUUUCAUAGCUUCCGUACCAACACAUACAAAUUGAGUUUUAUGGAGACUCCAUCAGGAAUUAAGAUAAUCCUGGUCACAGAUCCAAGAAUAGGAGAUCUUCAGGAGGCCUUAAAGGAUAUUUACAACAUCUAUGUGGAGUAUGUUGUCAAGAAUCCACUGUACACACCAGGACAACCAUUUAGGUGCGAACUUUUCAACACAACAUUGGACCAUUAUGUGAGGAAUCUUACCUAAACUUGUCUCCUAGAGGAAAUGGUGACACCGGGGUGCAGGCACUCACUCAUCAUUUAUUCAUUUCAUCACAGAUUCAUUUGACCAUGUAUGUUUGUGAAGUCACUUUGUAGUAGGUCUCAAGCAUGUUAAAUCUGGACAGAAUUGUGUCGUGCUUUUCAAAGGCCAUGGUAAUACAGUAUUUUCGUUAUAUUGCAUAAUUUGGCAAAUGUUUCAACAGAUAAAUGCUACUUCAUUUCUUAAUCAGCUGGUGAUCAAAGGCCUUGUCAGUUAGGCAUAUUUAAAUCCUACUGAUCAUGUUAUAUAAUAAUUACAACCUACCAUCUUUUUGUACUCAUUCCUCAUAGUUGCAAACAUGGUUGCAUGUAGAAGUGCUUCAGAUCCAUCUUUUGUAUUGAUUCGUUGAUAUGAUAGGUAUGCACAAUACGAAGGCUCAAGAAUUAAAAAUUCUGUUAACAUAA